GGUCAGUAAGCUCACAGAAUCUGGUGAAGACAGGACUACAAAAGACAGUGGCAAGAACAUGGUUGUUCCGUAUGUGCACCUCGAUGAGGAUGAAGGAGGUGAAGUGAAGACCAAAAAUGUGUCACAGUACCACAGUCGAGGAGAUUCAGAAUCUACUGUUGAAGAACACCUGACAGUAAAAAGAGAGAAAUAUGGAGCCAGACUUUUAAUGGAUGAGCGGGAAAUUGUGAGCUUGCGGCGCAGACCUAUUCAUUCUAAAAUUCAGGAAGGAGAUACAUCCCUCCAUUCUUCAAAGAGAUCCACAGAGUUCUGGUCUCAGCCUAUCUGGAUGCCCAGAGCCAAGAGUGAUCCAGCAUUACCGUCUGUCACUGGAGCUAAAGGAGUGAACCGAUUGGAUUGUAUGAACGAUGGUUUGAAGAGGUUCUUAUGGACGGUGGUUCUCUUGAUUGUGGUGAUUCUGUUCGUCCUUGUUAUGCGUGUGACCAACAACACUGACAUGGUCAUGGAAAAAGAUUUUAGUACCUUAAUGGAAGAUGUGAAAUCCGCCUAUCCCAGCCAACAAGAGCAGCUAUGGAAGAAGAGCUUGAUCCAUCUGCAGCAAAACCUCAGAGCAACCAAACCCACUGGGCCAGUCAACAUGAUCUUAACUGCUGGCUGGUCAGCUGAGAGGACGCUUCACUGCCUGGCUGGUCACCUAGCAGCUGCCUUUUCAUCAGGCACCAAUGCCUCCGUUCUGCACAUCGAUGGGACCAGUUGGUCUUCUUUAGACAGUGACGAAGCAAAGCUGGCAAUUGACCAUAAGCUGACAGGUGCCUUUGAAAGCAAAAGGAUGGCUGCUGUUGUUCACCGGUUUGAGGAGCUCCCACCAGGGUCUGCACUCAUUUUCUACAGAUACUGUGACCAUGAGAAUGCAGUAUACAAAGGUGUGCUACUUGUUUUCACCGUGUUGCUCCCUGUGGAGGUCCUCGACCCAACACUCAGCCUGGUUGCUGUGGAGGAAAUGGUGCGCGACCACAUACAAUCUCGUUUUCUCCCCUCGGCUCUGCCGGGUACAUUCAACCAGAUGGAUUUGGACAAGUUUGGUGGGCUCUGGAGCCGAAUCGCUCACCUUGUCUUACCCGUGGUUGCAGAGGAGCAAAUGGAGAAAAAUGGCUGCAAUAACUGACUUGAACUGCACCUGAUAUGAUGUUACAGCUCAUCAGUUGAUUCUGCUGUAUUAACUCUGGUGGAAAAAAAAAUCAAAACUGAAGAUAAUCAAUCGUGUCAGGUAGAUAGAAGUGUCCCCAGCCUGGGAAAUGAUAGGUUACUGUUCAUACGGAUUUUCAUAUUACCUCAGAAUUUUAUUGCUUGACUUCAGUACAAAUUCCUAACGUAACUAAUUUAGCCUCCCUGUUUCGAAAUGUUGGUGGUUUCUGUGCAACUAAAUAGCCUGCAUUUAUAGAUUUGGUAUAUACUGCAUUAUGGUUAUUCACAGCUGAAAUGACUCUAAGCUCAGUUAAUGCACUUCCUCAGUCUUUAGUCAGUGGUUUAUUUGUUUCUGCUUAAAAACUUAUAUUAAGUAUAAACCUCAUAACAAAUUUCACUGCCCUUCAUUGGAAAUACAUGGCUGGAAUUUUUAAAACAUCUUUCACCUGUUCUGUUUCCUUUUUAUGGAUAUAUUGACAAAUGGCUCAUAUGCUAUACAGGCAAGACACUGCAUCUUAAAUCCUGGAAGAUGUGUAUGUACAGUUGAUUGCAUAUUGCUGUUGGUUAGACUUAUUUUUAUAACUAAUUUUUUUAGCAGUUAAACCUGUUAUGACACUAAUUGCAUUUCUAAGCAUUGCAUAUUAGCCAGCUCAUGAUGUCAUAUAAGUAAUACUUGAUUUUUGUUAUGAAAAUAGGGAGGUAUCACAUGCUCAUGAAAGUUGUCUGCAUUUAUGUAUGUCAUGUAAAUUCUUUUUCAUUAAGUUCCAGGUGUUGUAUUUGUUAGCAUUAUGAAAUAAAUAGGGAGUGAUUUGUAUGUACUUGAAGGCCUAUUCAGAACCGCUUGUCCCAUAUGGGGUCACGGGGAACCAGAGCCUACC